GCGGAGCGUGACUUCCGGUGGCCUUGCGUGACUUCCGGUGGUGGAGUAGGAAGGAUUUGUGAGGAGGGAACCCGGGCGGUCCCGGGUCCCCAGAUCAAGGAGCGGGCGACGGGCUACGCGUGGUGGGCUGAGGCCAAGGAGGUCACCCAAGGCCGGGUUAGCUCCCGCCCGCUGUCUGCCGUCGCCCGCUGCCAUGGACCCGUUCCUGGUGCUGCUGCACUCGGUGUCCACCCGCCUGUCGAGCAGCGAGCUGAGCGACCUCAAGUUCCUGUGCCAGGGUCGCCUGGGCAAGAGAAAGCUGGAGCGCGUGCAGAGCGGCGUCGAUCUCUUCUCCUUUCUGCUCGAACAGAACGAGCUGGACCGCGAGCACCCCGAGUUGCUGCGCGAGCUGCUGGCCUCCCUGCGGCGCCAGGACCUGCUGCGGCUCCUAGACGACUUCGAGGAGGGCAGAGCGGGGCCGGAAGAGCAGCAAGACUUUCAGGCGGCCUUUGACAUCAUAUGCGACCACGUGGGCAAGGACUGGAGAAGACUGGCGCGCCAGCUGAGAGUGUCUGACUCCAAGAUCGACGCCAUCGAGGUGAAGUACCCCCGGAACCUGACGGAGCAGGUGCGGGAGUCGCUGAGAGUCUGGAAGAAGGCGGCGCGGGAACACGCCUCCGUGUCCCACCUGGUGCAGGCGCUCAGGGCCUGCCGCCUGAACCUCUUGGCGGAUCUUGUGGAGGAGGAUCAGCGGGCCCGGAGCCUCCAGCUCCAGAGCGAGAGCGGUGGUGGCACUGUGUCCCUCAUGGCGUGGGACUCAGAUGCGUCUGCCUCGGGAGCCUCCUCCUGACCCCACUGCCCUUCUCCAGGGACAGGGGCCUCUGCACAGGCUGGGCUCUGGUUCCUCCCCACAAGGUCGACCAGGCGCUCCGAUAGAGGCUUUGAUGGCACAUGGCGGCUGCCAGCCUGCUCUGGUAGCCUGUCACCCAGUGCCACGUGUGACAUAACGUCGGGCCUGCCCCGGGUGGGCACUGCUACCCCUGGGCCCCCCAGAGCAGCCUCCUUCACCCACCAUGUGACCUAAUCCCACGUGAACAAAGCUUGGAUCUUGAGCUGCAAGAUCCAGGAGGUGGUGAGCGAGAGCGUGCCUCCUGCCUGUGCUCCAGGGCCUCCAGGCUGGAUGGAAACCUGCACUUACUCCACCAGCCCCCACCCGUGGCCGGGGGCUUCCCUGUGACUGCUCCUGGGCCGGGCCGGGAGGCCCAUCUGAACAGGGCAGGCACAGCGACUCAGGCUCUGGGAGGGAAGGAAAAGCACAGGAAAACACGCAGCACACAGGAAAGGCACAGGUGGGCUCAGGCGAUGUGUCCUGGUGACAAGCUCGCUGUCCUUUCUGUGUUCGCCAGCCCAUUGUGCGCUCUGGCAUGUCCCCAAAGGCGGGCGGGCCUCCGAGCCGGACCCAGGUUGAGUCCUGGCCUUGCUUUUGGGUGCCUGCCCAUACACAGGAAACUUCCAGAAACACUAAGUGCCGCCACACCUGAGGCGCCUUGCUUCUCAGGUACUUUAGAAACAAGCCACGGCGUUUCACCCGGAGGCCUGUCCGAAGGCCGUUGUGCCUUGUGGACCCAGGUGUCUGUCACUUCUGGUCUCAGGUCUAAACCGACCUGCAGUGCGGAUCACCUCCCUGCCAGGGACGUGGAGACUGCUCCAAGGUGGCGCGUCCCGAGUGUCGUCUCUCCUGACAGGUGUGACUGAUGUCCAAUCAGAGCUAUGAUGUUUGUGGUUCUGAUCAAGGAGCAUCAGGCUGAGCAGUCCCUGGCGCACAGGGUCAGCUCCCUUGCCCUCUGCCUGCCUCCCCGCAGGUGCCAUAGCCUCACAGCCACCCACUCCCUGGCCUCGGUCCUCUUCCCCCACCGACACUGCUGAGGUCACAGGUUGCCACACCCCUAGUGUGCCUAUUCAGCCACGCUCCACCUGGGGACGUGGGGCACUUCUCUUGACCCUUCUGCAUGAAACAGUCUGGGUCCACUCUCUCGGCCACCCCUGCACACCCCCUCUCUGGGUGCCCAACCACAGGCCCCUGGUUUGGCCCCUUUUUCCUGAGGUGCCUGAAUCUGUAUGGCUCACUGCAAGGCCUUUUGCUGCAUGAGAGCGUAGUCCCAGGUUCCAGGGCCUGAGCUGCAGGCCCUGGAGGGCAGAUGCGGUGCCUGCCACAGACCCCAGUCUACGCCCCCCACCCCACCUCUGCCCAGUUUGUUCCCAAGGCUGCUAUCUGCCCCUUGGUGCAAGAUGCAGACCGGGGCUGCCUCCUGCAGGGACCAGCUGUCCCGGGCACAACUACCUCGCCGGCAAGUUCCUGCAGGGAACCUGUCCCCAUGGCCUGGCGAAUGUCGCGCAGCCCCUGAUUCAGAAAACCGGCAGGGAACAAGUGGCCACACAGGAACCCAGCCCAGGGACUGGUUCUCCCGGGGGGAGUCAGGCCUGCAUCGAACCUGGGCUGCUUUGAGGCUUCCUUAAAUUCCCUCACCCUGGAUUGAGGCAGCAGAUGCUUUGUGUCUUAAACUUCCUAAAAUAUGUGCUAAACCUCCCAAGUAGGGAGUGGAGCAAGUUCAGCCACCUUUCUCUUUGCAUUAGCAAACACCCUUUUUGUUUGAAGCACUUAGCAGCAUUCUCUCCUUUGUUACCUGUAAAAGGGAACCACCUCAAGUGAACCUGUGCCUAGUAAACGAGAACCAGCCUCAAUGUAAUGUGCCCAGAAAAGCCUGUCCAGGUGGGCGCAGGGCCCUCACUCAGCGUGUUCUCCACAGGACUUGUGGUCCCUGUGAAUUGGUUCAUCCCAGCCACAGCCCUCCUCCCCUGCAGUGAGCUUCACCGCCUCUCGGCAGCGAAGGCUCUGCCCUUCCCACCCCUCUGGCCCAGCCUGCAGACCCCUGACUGUCCUUAGCACCACUUUGUUCCAUGACCACUGUUGAAAGCCAUGGUGCUGACUACUUCUAACUGAACCACUUUGUUCCAUGACCCACUGUCAAAGGCCAUGGUGCUGACUGCUUCCAACCACAAGCAUUGCCGUGCAUCCUGCUGGGACCAGGCAGGCAUGGUGGGGCCACAUGCGUUCCCAAGGUAAUGCUAUGUCCCUCCGUGGGCAGGCACAAGGGCAGGACUUGCCCGGCGUGGGGAGCACUGGCCAUUGAAAUCUGUUUUGUCAAAGAAUUCCUCAGUAUUUAGUCCAACUUGGUGAAGACACUGGCGAGAGCCGCACGUGACCAGGCUGGUGCGGCUCAGUGGACUGAGCACCGGCGUGCGAACCGAGGGGUCGUGUGUUUGGUUCCCAGUCAGGGCACUCGUCUGGGUUGUGGGCCAAGUCCCUGGUUAGCAGUAUGAGGGGAACGUUGUUGUUUCCCUCACUUCCCUCUCUAAAAAAUAUAUAUUUUUUAAAGUCACAUGUUUACCCACCACAUCACCAAGGAAUGCGGACCAGUUCUGUGGGGUCCCCCCUCACAGAAGGAGCCACGUGACUGUGGCCAGAGCUCCCCUGACCAGAAAACCACCAUGGACCCUUUGCAUCACCCCAGUACCAGGUGGGCACAAGGCCUCCCAGUGUCCCAAAGCUGCCUGAUGACAGUGUAGGCAUGAGGGGACAGCUUUGUACUACCAAACUCCCUUACCAUGGGUGGGGCACCAGCUGAGGGGUUGGUGGUGGUUGCAGUGUCACGGGCAAGCUCAGUGACAUUCAAACGUGGCAGAAGGGUCACAUCCGAUUGGCUCGGCCAAAAGGUCUGUUUUCUCUGCAAGAUGCUUGCAUGGGGCUCUGCCAUCUCCAACUCAGUUCAGGACGAUCUUGUACUUGACCUCUCAUCAGCCUGCACGUGUCACGACAGUACUGCUGUGUGGAAUCCCUGAGAUUUUCUUAGGUUCUCCAGGACUUUUAUUGUGUCGUGGCUUACACUGAAGCCUUUUACCCGUUGAGUUUAUUCUGGUGUGUGGUGUAGGUUGGUGGUCAAGUUUCACUCAUUUGCAUGUAGCUGUCCAGCUCUCCCAACACCAUUUGUUGAAGAUGAUAGUUUUCCUCUAUUGAAUGUCCAUGCCCUCUUUGUCCAACAUUCACUGACCACAGAGACGUGGGUUUGUUUCUGGGCUCUCUGUUCCGUUCCAUUGGCCCAUAUGUCUUUUUAUGCUGGUGCCAGGCUGUUUUGACUACAGCAGCCUUGUAAUCCAGUUUGGUAUCUGGUGUUGAGAUCCCUCCUACUUUGUGCCUCUUAGAGUUGCUGGGGCUGUUCCGAGUCGUUUAUGGUCCCAUGCACAUUUUUAAGUGUUUGCUCUAUAUCUGUGGAAUAUAUCAUUGGUGUUUUAAUAGGGAUUGCAUUGAAUCUAUAAAUUGCUUUCGGUCAUGUGGACAUUUUGAUGAUGUUAAUUCUUGUGACCCAUGAACACACUGUAUGCUCCCAUUCAUGUGUGUCCUUCCUUAACGUCUGUCCGUGGUGUUGUGUGGUUUCCCGAGUUCUGGUCUUUUACCUCCUUGGUUAGGUUUAUUCCAGAUACUUUAUUUUUCUUGUUGCUACCACAAAUGGGAUUUUUUCCUAAUUUCUGUUUCUGCCGUUUUGUUGUUGGUGCACAGAAAUGCCUUAGAUUCCUAAAUAUUGUCUUUGUCAUUACCAGUGUGAAACUUCACAAAACUGGUGAUUUUUCGUGUAGCCGUUUUAAUAUUGAAAAUGGAAGAAUACUGAACAGUUUAAUUAUUUUAUGCUUUAUUAUUUCAAGAAGGAUAAAGACACAACUGAAGCACAAGAAGAGCUUUGUGCAUUGUGUGGAGAAGGUGCUGUGACUCUUCAAACAUGGAUUGAGCCCUGGCCUGUGAGUGGAAAGGUCACCUGUUCGGUUCCUGGUCAGGGCACGUGCCUGGGUUGCGGGCCAGGUCCCCUGUUGGGGGCCCAUGAGAGGCAACCACACAUGGAUGAUUCCCUCUCUUCCUCUCUAAAUAAAUGAAGUCUUUUAAAAUAAAUAAAUUGUA